AUGCAGUGGUUCGGCGACCGAAGUCGCAAUUCUGCGCUGCACCACUCGAGACGAAGCCACAUUCCGAACAUUCCUCGUCUCGCCGCCGCCGCCAUUGCCGUUCGCCCACCGCAGAACUACAGGAAGAAUGCUGCCGUAUCCGCGAUUCAACUGCUUCACAAAUAUGCCGAUGUGCGUCGACUGAAGUGGGGAGAUCGGGUUUUUGACAAGAACCAGAGGAUGUCUGGAGAGCAGACAGCGCGGCCUCAGACGGCAAUACUCUUUCAAAAGUUCGACAACCCAUUUACAUCUAAAUUGAGGUUCUAUUAAAAACAUGUUUAUGCAAAUUCGGGCUAUUCGACUACACAGGCAGAUAAUUUAACAAUCUCGAGUCCAUGUCAUAUUAACAAGUCCGAAAGGAAGUCGGCAUAUUAUGAAUGCAACUAAAGUCGUUUCUAGUUCAAUAACAUUGUUAUCACUGCGGUCAUGCGAUGAAUUUUUACGUUACGAUGAACCCUUCGUAAUGUGUACUUGUACCGUCUGGGACAAGUACGGGCGGCUGGGGGGCGCGUCUGCGCUCACCCUCCGCCCUAGCCCUUGUCGGGAGCAGCCCUUCGGCGGGACCGGGGCCGUGACCCGGGCUGGGUCACUAAAUACUUUAAUUUCAUCCCGACCCCUGCUAUUUGUCUGACCAAGUAAUAUUUGCGGAAUGCGAGAAAUGCUCUAAU